AUGACCAUCCGGCCAUUGGGAUCAACAAAGCUAUUCCAGCCCCUCCGACUAGGCAAAUUCCAGUUGAAACAUCGAAUUGUCCUCGCACCCUUGACUCGAUGCCGUGCUACUGAAGAGUCCCCUGGUGUUUACGUUCCGAAUGGUCUCUCCGUGGAAUAUUAUACACAGCGUGCAACCGAUGGCGGCCUUCUCAUUUCGGAAGCUUCUCCAAUCCACAGAUAUGCCGUGGGUUAUCCCAGGGUUCCGGGUAUCUUCACGCAGUCACAGAUCGAAGGGUGGCAUCGGGUGACGGAUGCAGUGCACACGAAAGGUGCUUUCAUUAUCUGCCAGCUUUGGCAUGUCGGACGUGCUUCCUUGCCAAAAUGGCUUGAUGGUAGAAAGCCACUUAGCUCGACAGAUGUGGCUCUGAAGGGGAGUGCGUUUGAUGGGACGGUUUACGGAAACAAUCCUCCCCAGAAGAUGACCGUGCGCGAUAUCAAAGAGACUGUCCAGCAAUACGUGAAUGCGUCAAAGAACGCCGUCAUGGCUGGCUUCGACGGAGUUGAAGUUCAUUGCGCAAACGGUUAUCUCCCUGAUCAAUUCCUCAAUGACAAUAUCAACCAGCGCACAGAUGAGUACGGUGGCAAUAUCGAAAACCGCUGCCGUUUCCCUCUGGACAUCAUCAAAGCCGUCACUUCGGCCAUUGGAGCCGACAAAGUUGGCGUGCGCUUUUCCCCAUUCAGCUACUUCCAGGAUACCCAUGAUUCGAAUCCAGUCGAACACUGGGUAUAUAUUUGCAAGCAGCUCGCAUCCAUGCCUGCAAAGAACAAGCCCAUCUACGUGCACAUGAUUGAAGCGGAUUCCGGUUUCGAGCCUGAUAUCGGAGUGAGAGAGAAGUUGGAAGCCAUGCUGGUUCGGUUGAGCGGCGUAUCUGCGGAAAAGGCACAGUCACUGUCCGACCAGGACCUUAUAGCCCGUUUCACUCUUGAUCCCUUCCGAAAGGCCCUGGAAGGGUCAGAUAUCAAACUCAUUACCUGCGGUGGACUUACCCGAGACACUGCCGUUCAGAAGGUUGAGAACAACAAGGCCGAUCUUGUGGCGUUCGGGAGAUUGUUUAUCUCGAACCCGGACCUGCCGAACCGUCUUAAGGAUGGGGAACCCUUCGCGGAAUAUGAUCAAAAGACGUUCUACGAAGCGCAGCCUAUGAGUCAUGGCUACUUGGAUUACCCUUGCUACGAGAGUGCCAUCAGUGGACGUUGA